CCGCGCGCGCGCGUUCUGUUUAAACAGUCUCCGUUCUCCGGAGGAACCGACCCGGUUUAUCCUCCACUGCACUCUCAGACCACUCAACCUGCAGCUUUUACUUCUCUCCGAGGAACAAACUACACUUCUGGAAUAUGUGUCGGAAAUCCGGAGCAGUCCCGAGUGUGAACAGGGUUUUUAAUUUAAACCCGUUCUCCUGGACAUUAUGCCUCAACGGGAAUAAAUCACCUGUCGAGCGCAGCGCGCGCUUCAUCACAAGUUACCUGGACCGGAAGAAGAUCUGGUCACUUCUCCAAAACUUUUGGGAACCUGUUUUGUCUUUUUCUUUCUUUCUUUCUCUCUCUCUCUUUGGAAGACAAGUUAGAAGGAUGUUUUUCUGCUCCACGACCCUCCUCUUCCUCUUCUUCAGUGAUGGCUGUUGUGAGAAGUUGCAUCAGAAGUCCACACCAGUACAGUUGGACAAGAGCUACGGGAAGCUCUACAAACACAAUCAGUGUCACUACAUGCUCAAACACCUUCAAGACGGAGAGCAGAUCAGUGUGCAUAUGCCUCCUGAUAUUGUUGGACACUGGGUGUCUGAAAGCUGUGAGGUGAAACCUGGACCCGAAUUCCUCACUCGGUCUUACCGCUUCUUCUCAAAUCACACCUUCCAGGCUCUUCAGUUCUAUUACAGGGACAACCACUGCACAAAGCCAGGCUACACGCUGCUCAUUGAAGGCACUGUGCACCCCCGUCAGGCAUCAUGGCUUGUCCGUGGAGGCACAGAGUCGGACUACCAGCUAAGCCGAGUGCUGCUGGUGAGCCACAGCUUGCCAGUGGCCAAAGACCUCCAGGUGAAACUAGAGAUGUCUUGUGGUCUGACGGAGCACCUGGAGCCAGAGCUCAGCUAUGAGCUGUGGGAAGAGGGCUUUGAUCGUGACUGCACCCACAGUUUAGACUUCAGCAUGCAGGAGCUGCAGCUGCUACGCAUGGAGAGGCGCUUUCGGCCCAGCGAGCCUGAGAGACAAGCGGAGGAGUUGUUUGUGGGGGACGUGCACACAGAGCGCACUCAGAGGCGAAACCACAGGCCCAUGGGCUACCAGCCCCCCCUGCAGAAUGUCAAGACUUAUGAUAAAAGCUGUGUCGUGUGCCAGAUCAUCUCUGUAGCAGAUUUUCAUCAUCCACCAGUUCUGCCAUCCCGGAUUGAUCACCCUCUGCAUCUCUACGGUAACUGGGUUAGUAAACGCUGUGAGGUCCGCCCAGGCGUGCUCUUCCUCACCCGUCAUUUUGUCUUCCACAAAGAGAGCAACAUUUGGGAGGGCCACUAUUACCACUUCUCCGACCCAGUCUGCAGGAAUCCCACGUUUAGCAUCUCUGCAAAAGGGCAGUACAGCCCAGGCGUUCCCUCCACUACAGUCAUGGGAGGCACUGAAUACACUUUCACAGUGACUCAGAUGAAGGUCACUCCCAUGGACAUGGCCACUACUUCUCUCCUGAAUGUCUUCAGUGGGGAUGAAUGUGGAAAACAGGGGUCCUGGAAGCUGGGAGUCCAACAGGACGUGACUCCAACAUCAGGCUGUGCCGCCCUGGGUAUCCGACUGCCUCACACUGAAUACGAGCUCUUCUACAUGGGGCGAGAUUCAGCUGGACACCGCAUCCUCUUUAACGGACAGAGACCUACCAAUGGCUCAAGCCCUGAGCAGCCUCACAGGCGUGCCACAUCCUACCAGCCACCGCUGAUCCACUGCAGCUCAGGACAGAAAGGAGUUGGAAAGGAGGGAGACCAUCACUUCUGGCUUGGGAAUGGAUACAACGCACAGCCCCAGGGCCUGGUAUAUGCCUUCACUUUGGUCACACUUGUCUUUUCUGUCAUAUAGGAUCAGAUGAGCAAGGGUUUACGUAAUGAUGUGCGUGUGCGGCCUUUCUGCUCAUCACAGAAAAAAACUGAAGUGUGGAGAAACUGUCCUGUAUACAGCUCCCAACCUCUUUAAAUCAUUUUAACAUGAUUUUUAUGUUAACUAUUUGUCAAGUAUGUUGUGGAACUGCUUCCACAACCUUUGUUUUUAAACGUUGCUGAAAGUAAAGUUUGUUGUGUUCACCACCAUCAUCUAAGUGGACUGCACAUCUUAAAAUAGAUGAGGAUUGUUUAUCAGAUAUUUAUGAAGUUGGCCAACAGAAAAGCAUGCAUGUUAAUUACACAGUAAUAGUAGAAGUUGUUCAGAAGUUUGUCAUCCACUGCAUGCAUUGUAUCAAAAGCCUUCAUUUCACGGAAAACGUACAGCAGCGUGUACAGAGACGUCAAGCAUACUGAAACAAAAUGUUUAUUAGAUAUUUUUAUUUAAUUUUAAUUUCUCUUUUUCCCAGUGGCUCAAUGUUAAAUACCAUAUACAGUCAGAGUGGUCAUAUUUCAGUUAACAGUUGCCUCACAAAUGAGUAUAUAAUUUGCAUAAAGUAAAUGCUAAGACUUAAUGUAAGAGUAAGAUGUGUGUGUGUCAGGUGACGGAGAGAAAAUAAUGUACAUGGAAGGAGGCACAGUGUCUCAGCUGAAUUCUUCACAUUCAAGAAAAUAAAAUGAUUGUAAAUCUGAAGCUCAGUUUCACUGUGAAGAGGCCAACCAGCAACACACAGCAUCAUUUUUUUUCCUUUUGAGUUUUAAAUUUUCAUAAAGGAUUAGAAUGACAUGUACAAGACACUUAAAACAUUCCAACACUUAUUAAACCACGUAAAGAAAGCUAGGACAAUUAAUUUUAUUUAUUCAUCAUAGAUUUUUUUUCCUUUAUCGUAAAGGUCUCUACACAGUGCCAGCAAUUUGACUGCAAUUGAUGUAUUAGUAAGUGUACAGUUAAACUUGUCCCACUCUUGCAAGGAAAAAGAAAUACCCCUCACCACAAAAAAAAAAAAAGCCCAACAAAAAUGGGGGAGGAAAAAAAACAAAAAAAAACCAGAUUUUGUUUUUCUCUUUUCUGAGUGUGUAUGUGUACUAACCAUGUGAAAUUGCAAAAAGGCAAGGCCUGUUUGAAUGAUUCUGUACACAGACGCAUUUUUCCCCGCCGCCUUAGGCCAGACUAGCACUGAUGCGACGCUGAACAACAAGAACACGUGCUUCGCCCCUCAGGCCCAGAAGACACUGGAAGGAGCUGGGCAGAACACACGCAUUUAUCCUACAACACAAACUUCCCCAGGAAGAAUCCAAUGAAGAUAGCUGCAAUAACCACAAGCAGUGAGGGGAGCGAUUUGGAACUGGUUUCCUUCCUCACCAUGCCUGCUGUGUUUGAGACCACAUUUUCUGAGCGCUGGGCCUUCCUCAUUCGCAGACCUUCAUCCUAAUAAAUAAUACAGGAGAAUCAAGUUCUACAUCCAAAGGCUGGAGAGGAACAACAUUUAUUACAUCUGCUGUUAAUCACAUGAAUAGAUGUCUGUGCUGUUCGUAUAAUAAAUGUUUUGCUCUAUA